AUGUGUCAACAACAACCUUCUCAAUCUAAUGAUGUAAAAUGGAAGACAAUUAUUGAUGGACUAGUGAAUGGAAGCUUAACAUUAAAACAAUUUAUAGAAUUGACAGAACAUGUAAAUAGUGCAGAGGAGAGGAUGCUUCUCUUAUUGGAAAUUCUAAGAACAUGUACAGAUACUAACGUGAUAGAAACUUCAAAGGAUCAACAAGUUUAUUCAUCAAUAUCAACAUAUUCGAAAAACGAAACUAAUCUCCAAUAUUCUUCUGACAGAUCUUCAGCAAGUGAAGGCAUGAAAAUUCCAUCUUCCAAACGAAAACACAUCUCUAUAUCAUUUAAUCGUGGAAAAUUCAACAUUGAAACUAUUGAUUCCAUGAAGGAUAGGUAUAAAAUCGUCAAGAGAAAGAUUGGAAGACCAAGAAAGAGACCUAAAAAGAAAUAA